CCGAACCGCCAGUCGUGAAACCGCCGGCGCGAGCAAGAGUCGUACCGCGUCUGCCGCCAUUUUAGUCAAUCGCGACUCGUGAACUGCCAAUGACAGAGGAGCGCCUUCGACCCAUUAGUUUAUUCAAUACCGAGCGGUGGUGACGUGCACGUGAUCAGAUGUGACCGAGUCGAGGGCAGUGCCGGAUAAAUCUCCGCCCUUCUGGGGGGGCUCCCGACCGAAAAAAAAACGGCCAUCCGCCUUUCUCUCUCUUUCUCUCCAUCUCCCGCGGUCCAAAACGACAACACGCCAAAACGACAAUAUGCCGCGCCGACGCCGAUGGCCGAUUACCACCGCGUUGGUUUUCCUCGCGUGCGCGAUGACGACGUCUUCCGAACAGCGCCAGCGGCAUCGCGAGCUGCAGCGUUUGGUCGGCGGUCACCUGCGGCUCGACUCCGCCGCCAACGACGACGCCGAACCACUGGAGGCGGCCAGCGCUGGUGCCGGCAAAGACAAAAAAACGGGCGGCAACCACGACGAGGAACGCAAGACGCUAUCGCAGCAGGUCGCCGACGGCAAGUACGGCCUCAUCCAGAAGGAGCUGUUCGCGGAACCGCCCCGGCGCCCGGGCGUACUGAGCUACGACCCGAACCCCGAAGUACCAAAGGACAACGUCAAAACGUACGGCGGACUGAGCAAAAACGAAAUUUGGCUGGCGGAAAACCAUCUGCUCGUCAUCAGAGGCGGCGCGUACCCGCCCCACGAUGACCGAAAAGACUACCACCACCACGAGCCCGUGUGGCAGCCGAUCGACGAUUAUAACGCGCCUCUACAUCAGGUAAAGAUACCGAAGCACCCCAAAGUGCCGCCGCCAUUUCCCGUCCAGCUCACCGAAGACGGACCGCUCCAAAUCGUCGGCACAAAUUUUACGCGAACGCUUAAUGGCACGGAGGCUGCAACGGCCUACGCCCUACCGCCCCCGUUCGAUUGGGAGCAAAACGGGGGCGGCGGGUUCGGCGAGGCGCAACCGCCCGCAGGCGCCGCAAAUAGCGAUCAGACCGACCCUGUUACCCGGAAAACUCCGGUGCGAGUACCUGGACAAGGUCCGGGGGAACGCGACGGGGGGCUGCCGUUCCCCCCCUCCAACCCAUUGAACGGUACCUGGCCGCCGUCUUUCGACUCUUUGCCCCCGGGCACGGUCGUGGUGGAGGCGCCGCCGCCUCCCGACGAGGACGACCCGUCGAUCUAUUAUCCGCCGCCAUACAGUUUCUACUACCCUAAAGAGGACAACGCGACGGCGGUCCCACCGGGGCCGCUGGUGCCCGGCAUAAUCUUGCCGCCCCCGCCGAACUUUUUCGCCCCACUCGAGGAGGAAACUUCGGCCGACGUCACCACCACCACGACCACACACCGGCCACCGCCCGCGCCACGCAAACCGACCAAACACCAUCGCCCCCCAAAACCUAAAAAAUCAACCCUCGCGACCACCACCGAAAAAAGUCGCGGCACUUUUAAACCGAUCAAAAAGAAACCGACGGUAACAAUUCUGAGGCCCGUGAAACCAGAAGGCGGCGUCUCGACGCCGAAAGUGCAUGAAAUUGCAGGCGGCGGGAAGCCGUUCCGGCCGUACGAGCCGCUUCCGGCGUGGAAAUCGGUCGCCGGCACCACCACCACCACGCAAGUUCCACUUAAAUAUUACACGACGUCAAAUUCGAUAGAGUCCAACACGAUCCCGCAAAGGUUAUCGUUUGACCAAUAUCGGCCGCAAACGACGAGGAAACCGGCGGCCCAGUAUUACUUCUACGAGGAGCCCGAACGGCGGCCCGCGAAAAUCUACGACGGCCCGAAAAAUUACUACCUCCCGGCUACGACGACGAAACCGCCGUCGCAAAUCCUCUACGCGACGAAACCGUACAGCACCGCGAGACCGCGGUACCGACUCGUGCCGCAACGGACCGACUCGUUCAGCAUACACGUGGCGAAAUUGCAGCAACAAAUCCACCAAUACCACGUAGCGGAACAGCAACAGCAGAGACCGCGGAUAAAACCGUCGCCGAAGCCCGUGUACCAAUUUAGUUUCCAGGCGAACAAUUACCGUCGACCGAACGAACACCACCACCACCACCCGUUCAAACCUUCGCCGCCGUUAACUUCGCAAGACAACCACUUCAUGCCGUUGCCCAAGUACAGCGUGCAGAUACAACAGGCCGUGGAGGUGGUGCCGCCUGCAACGCAUCCGCCUCCCGAUUAUUACGUCACGCCGUCGAAGACGAUCGCGGAGUUUUCGUACCGCGCCGUGACGACGCCCAAUCCCGUGCACCAGGGCUACUACACCAAACCGGACGAGGGCUUCUUCGACGAAAACACCAAGCACUCGUUCACGGUGUUCGGACGGAAAUUGCCGAUCGACACGACCCCGAUGCCGAAUCGCGAGACGCAGUUCAAUGAAAACGCCGCGGAAGUGGUGAAAGCCAUCGAAAUAAACCCCCCGGGGGCGGCGGCGUACGUAUCGUAUCAGUUGCCGGGCGAUGACGGCGCCCAUUUCUAUUUUUUGACGCCCCAAUUGGCGCGGGAACGCGAUCAACGUCCCGGGUACUACUUCAAGCAGGGGUCCCGGAGGAAACCGGACUGAACGGUGGCGCGCGCGUGACGUAUCUCGGUGCGAUAUAUUUUAAACGGUUGUCGUUUAUUUGGUCUGUGAUCGUCGAGACGCGCGAGCGCGUCGCAGAAACGCUAGCGUUUUUAAUCGCCCUUGUUGCUUAUUACGUAAGCCUUGUUCCGCGUAUUAUAAUUACGUGUUAAUUAAGUGCGUGUAAUGUGUAUAUAAGAAAUAAUUAAGUAAUUUAUUUUGUGAGAAAACGAAUACUUAUUUAUAAUAUAUAUUACUACUAUGAAAAACAGCGGCCAUUUUAGUUCGGAGGAGUGUUUAUACCAGCGAUGUGCAGUAAACGUAACCUGGAUUACGUGAAAGCAAAGUAAAAAUACGCGGCGAGUUGCGAAUUUUUAUAAGUGCCGCCCAUAAGUAUAUCUUUUUUUUAGUGAUUAGAUGUAUAUAUUAAAUGUUAAUUUGUAAAAUUUCAAUAACCCUUUCGCGAAUUUCCAACGCAAUUAGAUUACGGUUUAGUUAUUUUCUUUCAACGUUAGCUUUGUCAAGAAGCGGAUUCAGACGAAGAUCAAAAUUUCAAAGACUCACGACCAUAUAUAAAAUAUAUAUAAGACAAUAUAAUGAUAUUUUCGAAGAAAAGGUAUGGAUCUUUUGCACAUGCGUCAUUUUAACGAAAAUUGAUUAAUAUAAGAACUAAGUAAUUACUAUUGUUACAGAACAGUCUGUGCCCUGUGCCAACGUAUAAAUAAAUUUCUACAUGUAUUUUUAGCAGAUAACAAUUUUUUGAUGGCGGACACGAUGCAAU